AUGACAAAAAUCAAAUAUAUUAUCACAAACGAUACAACUCAACAAAUUAAAGAAAUUAUAGACUCCAGCUUACCAGAGUUAAAAUUGACUGAAUUUAUAACAAUCAUUAGUAAUAAUUCACCAGAUCAAUUAAUUGAAAUUUUAAAUAAAGAUCAACAGCAAAUUAAAUUAUCAUCAAUUCAAUAUAAAUAUAUAGAAUAUAUUUAUGAAAUUUUAAAAAUUAAAUCAAUGGAAUAUCAAGAUACAAAAAUUUUAAUAAUUGAAAAUUUUUCAAAAUUUUUAAAUAAUUUAAGUUCAAAUAUCUUGAUUAAUGAAAAUCAAUUAAAUGUUUUGGUGUUUGAAAUUUUCAAAAAGUUUAGAAAUUUAGAUUAUGAUUUAAAAGUUAAUGAUGAAUCUGAAGAAGAAGGAGAAGGAAGAAAUCAAGAAGAAGUCGAUGAUUUAGAAAUAGAAAAAAAUCAUAUUGAAGUUUACAUCAUUGAUACUAAAAGAAGAAAGUUUUUAGAAAUUUUAAGUGAUGAAGUUAGGUAG